AUGAUGCAGUCAGUCCAGAUUCUGACCUUGGCCCUGCUGGCCCUGGGAUCAUGGGCUGCUCAGGACUUCACAGAGAAGUCUGGGUACUGCCCAUUCUUCCAACCAACCUUGUCAGAUCUAAUUGACUGUAAAAGGACAUGCCAGAAUGAUACCAUUUGCCCCGGAGAUAUGAAGUGCUGCAGAAAGGGCUGUAGCUGGAUGUGUAUGAACCCCAUGAAAGAGAAGGCUGGUAUGUGCCCCGGGGCAACUUCUUCCUCUGAGGAGCGUCUGCCUUGUGGUGUUCCUUGUGAGACUGACAAGGACUGUGAUGGGGAAGCCAAAUGUUGUGUUCGCUCUUGUGGUCGAACCUGUUCCAUGCCUAUCAAAGUUAGGCCUGGUCGAUGUCCUGUUGUCUCCGAAUGGUGCCCCAGGAAUGAGCGGGUCAUUCAAUGUAGGGGAGAUUAUAACUGUCAAGCAAUGGAAAAGUGUUGUUUCUAUAAAUGUGGUAUGAGAUGCAUGGAAUCCAUCCCAGAGGAGCAAGUAGAAGCAACCAGAUUUCACCAAGAGGAAAGCCCCGUGCUCGCCCUCUAA